CAAUCUCUUUUGUCUCUAAAUCUAUUUUUCUCGCUCAAUUUCUCUUUCUCUCUCUUUCUCAAUCCUCUCCAAAUACAUAAGAUGUCGUCGAUUUCAUCUGAAACUGAGACCCUAAAUCUCACGAGUUAGGAAAUCCAACCAUUUUCAGAAAAAGUUAUAGCAGGAGUUGCUGCAGAUCAGGAUUCAGCCAAAAAAAGAAGGGCAUGGUUUAGUAUUACUGAUCGAGUGAAAAAAUUCAUCGGGAAAACCAUGAAGGAGUUUAGAGAAAAGGUGAAACAAGAAGAAAAAGAGAAUGAAGCUUGUCAAGCCGCACAAGCAGACCAAUUAAAUACAGAGGGGAUUCAUAUUGCGGUAGAGGCUGAGCCAACGAUUCCUCUUUCUUUCAAGAGACCUGGUGAGCAAGACAUCCACCCUUUUGAAUCUUCUCAAAUGGGAAAUCAACACAAACGCAGAAGACAAGGUAAGUGUCUAGUAGCUGGAACCACUGUAGUUUCCUGUAGUCUUUCAGAAUAUCUCAUUGCCCUGGCUGAUAAUAUUGAUCUGUACACUCCCAAGCUUCUCCUUCAACCCACUGCAAAUUGCAGAUACACAAUCCAACAAAGAACUGAAGGGUGGACCAUUGAGAAACAGUGACGGGACACUAAAAUAUGUGAUACAGUAAGUUGCUUUUAGUUUUUCUAACUUAACAAAUUGGUUUUUUAGAGUACUAUAUUCAUUUUAAAAUAGAAAAGAGUUCUUGAUAAUAUUUAUAUUCAUGUGGGACUGUAGUAUUAUAUUCAUCUAGAAUUAAAGUGAUUGUUCCGAUGAUCAGUCAUCGAGUGACUGAUUUUAUACUAUAUGAAAUCUAUCCAAACAAACCAACUCCGAAACCAAGGAAGAAGAAUAUGCAAGAAGCAGUUCUAUAGUGCCAUUAGGAGAAAGGAAGAAGGUCGAUAGGCCAAGGAAGAAUAAGGAGGAUGGGGAACAGGGGAGCAGUACCUCAGUGAAGAGGAAGGUGGUGGAUGGAGAACAAAAGACUUCUUCUGUAUGUUGGUUUUGAGUAUAUACAUUGCACUUAGUUAGAAUAGUUCAUGGAUGUAUAGAGUCUUGACUAAAAUAUGCUUUGCUUUCCUGUUAAUUUAUAGGUGCCAAUAGAAGAGUAACAACUGAACGACGUGGCAAGGGAAGAUCAUUGAUGAAGUAAAUAAAUUAAUAUAAGAGACUAAAAUUAGUACUUUCACUCUUGAGCAGACUAUUAGAAUUAACUUCUUUUACCUUGUUGUAUAUAUGGUGAAGUAACAUAUUUAACCUUAUUAUGUAAUAUGUAAAACAAUGAACGACAUAAACCAUUUAUCA